AUGGUGAAAAUUUAUAGCAUACUUAGGGAGUGGAAGAAACACUUAUGCCCACGACGUAUAGACCUGAUUGGGGAUUAUGCAGGGAGGGAGCUUUUUAUCGUUGAAGGGGACUCUCUUCUUCGUCAGGCCUUAAGUGAUGAAAGGAUAGAUAUGGAAGAUAGGUUUCAAUUACUGCAUCUUGUCUAUGUUGUGGAAUCUUUUCUACUCAACUUGACGAAGCGGGGAUGUAAUUUCCACUUAGUCUUCUUUGAAGAAAAUAAGUAUAAUUCCAUUAUCGAGGGGAAGUCAAAGAGCAAAGAAAAUAACUACAAGUACCUAUUUGCACGCUCGGCGAUCAUUCAGCACCUCGUAAAUACUUCGAAAAGGGAGGAGGUUGGGGCCAAAAUCGAAGCAGGGGAAACAGGUUUCCGGGUUUUUCAAUUCCGAGAUCCAUAUCAUGGCGAUUUUGAGCAGUAUCUUGAGACUGCCAGGCCUUAUUUUGUCAUGUGUCACGACAGUAAGGGGGAAACAAACAAAGAAGUCAAGCUUCUCAUGAUGGGAUUUGUCUGGAGGAUGAUUAUGGCUGAUUAUAAUGUUGCAUGGAUCAAUACAGCUGAGUUUCGGGAUAGCAAAGUUCUCAUAUCAAUUGUUCAGGGUGGGCCCAGAAUUAUGAUAAAGCAACUACCAGAUCAAUCGCACAUAGCCUACGAAUCGCUGGCCAGCGAACACUCCGGUGUUUCUUAUGACUACAAAUUCUCCGAAAUCUGCACCGACCAAGUUUUUACAGAACGAGAGUUGAUGGCCGUGGCUUCAAUAUCUACACUACUUAAAAGAGUAAAUACAGAUUCCAGUGAAGUGGACUCAGACCUAGCGUCGUUUUUGCUGCACAUUGCACUCCUCAACCACUUGUCUUUGCCUCAAAGACAUAUUGCCCCUGCACCAACAAACGAGAUAAGAUCAAAAACCAGGGAAUUGAUUAUUAUUUCCUGCCAGCUCCUGGACGACAAAGAUUACGUGCAUGCUGCUUCUCAGCUUAAGAACCGAAAUAUACACGAUUUUUUCGACGGGAGAUUACUCGCGAAAUUGGAGCAUGGAUUGGAGUACGGCGAUAUUCAACUUGAAUCUAUCCCAGAGGCUGUUGUAUCUGACUUUACCCGCAUGGCCAAAGCGAUCGAGGUGUCGUGUGGACAUACGAUCUUACUGAGCAGGCUGUUUAAACCUAAAGAGCAGUCACUUCUACUGCCCUCUUCCAAGAAGCCGAAGAAGAAGCCGGUGAACAAGCCGAAGAACAAACAGAUCAAUAAGUCAAUGAAUCAGACAAAGCUGGAAGUUCUGCCAUUUUCAAACCCAACAUUUGAUAUCUUUUUGUCUCAGAUAAAACUGAACAUUGAUUCUUCGGCUGUUUUACAAGAGGUCAACGAAUUAAGGAAGGAAAUUUCUGAUAGGGACAAUCGGAAGCUCAGAAUAAUAACUAAAUCCAACCGAAAUGUCCCAGUUUGGAAGCCUAGUGCCAACAAAUGGCUUGCUGGGAGAGCGAGGAGAUCUGAACAACGGGAUGCUUCUAAUAUGAUGAAGUACGCCGCGUCUCUUAUUGGCGCGAAGGGAAAAAUUCUGGAACCUAUUGUUAUUACAAACGGUCCUCGAAGCUUGCAGCCAAACACCAAACCUACCCCAGCGGUAAAGACUACGCAGAAGGCCGGGAAAAAGGAACGACCGUUAAGCAAGAAAGAGAUUAUCCGUGCUGAAAAUAACAGAAAGCUCGUUGGUAAGGGCGACCUCACUCUUUUGCGAAUAUGGAAAACAUUAUGUGGUGAUAUCCAGGAGAUCACAGAUGAUCUUGCAAAAAUUUCGCAGCUAGAGCAAUUCUUGGACAGAAUCAACUCCACCUUGUCAGAGAAAGGCGAUAUUGUGGACUGCGAAGUUCGGAUAUACAAAGUCUGGAUAUUACUGCGAUUUUGGACGCACUACUGCCGAGAAGAUAAAAGAGAGGAUGGAUACGAUGUUAUAGCGAAGGUCUUCAGUGAAGCCAAAAGUUUACUGGGCUCAAAGGGCCUGACGAAAGAGAUCCACAAGAUACUGAAUAAUCUCUUUGAGUCUUUGGGCGUAUCGCUGCCGCCUCGGUUGAUAUCAGAUCCAUUGUUAGAAAGCCAUCUAACAUUUAAGAUGCCUUGGAAUGGAAAUUCUCUGGUAGACAUUAGGCUUCAGAUGACCUCCACGGAGUUUCAACUGUUGCAUUGCGGGCAGUAUAUGGAUCGAGAUAUGGAUUCAAAGCCAGAUCCUAGGGUUUCCUUCGAACCUGAUGGAUGGCAAAGAAAGGUUUUGGAUGAGAUUGAUCAAAACAACUCUGUAUUUGUCGUUGCACCAACCUCUGCUGGAAAGACGUUCAUCUCCUUUUACGCCAUGGAGAAGAUUCUACGAUCUGGAGAUGACGAUGUUCUGGUUUAUGUCGCACCGAACAAAGCUCUGGUCAAUCAAGUUGCAGCAGAGGUUUUGGCACGUUUUCAAAAACGAUAUCCGCACGCUGGCAAGUCCGUUUGGGCAAUUCAUACCCGAGACAGGCGUGUUGGUAACUCCACCGGAUGCCAAAUUCUCGUCACCGUACCUCACAUACUACAAAUCAUGCUUCUUGCACCGAUUAAUGCAAAUUCGUGGUCCCGACGUGUAAAGCGUAUUAUUUUUGACGAGAUCCACUGUAUCGGCCAAGUGGAGGAUGGUGCUGUUUGGGAGCAGCUGAUCAUGUUAUCACCAUGCCCCAUCAUCGCCUUGUCAGCAACAGUAGGCAAUCCAGAAGAGUUCGCCAAAUGGAUGGAAUCCACACAAAAGCCUCUUGGUAUCAAAUUGAAAAUGGUGCAACAUCAACACCGGUAUUCUGAUCUACGGAAAAUGGUUUACGUCAUGCCAAAGGAUUACGAGUUUUCUGGUCUGGUCACAGAAGGCAAGUUCCCAAGACUUGAAAGUUCAUCCAGCUUUGUUCCGAUACAUCCGGUUUCUUCUCUGGUAGAUAUCUCCCGUGGUAUGCCGGAUGACCUCGCUCUGGAGCCGAGAGAUUGUUUAUGGUUAUAUCGGGCCAUGAAAGAAAGGUCAACUAAAAAAUAUCCCUUGGAGCGAAGACUUGAUCCAGAAUUAUAUUUCGCAAAGUUCCCCAUAAUACACAAAGUUAAUGUAAUAAAUUGGGAGGUCGAACUUAAGACUGUUCUUAGACAUUGGAUGGACUCAUCUGGCUCACCCUUUCAGGGCGUUGUUCAAAAGUUGAUGGGUCCUUUGAGCGAGGUCCUCCGAAGGGAUAAUGGAUGGAUGAAUAGUUAUCCAACUGAAGGGGGUAAACAAUCUUUGGAGGAGGCCAUAGAAGCGGCCAGUAAUUUACCGGUCCUUCGCAGAUCCACCCUUCCUCUCCUUGAAGAACUUAACAAAAAAGGCGCUCUUCCCGCAAUUAUAUUCUCCCAUGACCGAUCCAUAUGCGAGAAACUUUGCAGUCAUGUUGCAGAAGAGCUAGCUUCUGCCGAAUUAAAGUGGCGAGAGAGCGACCCCGGAUGGAAGGAGACCCUGCGCAAAUGGGAGGAGUACAAGGAAGCCAAGAAUAACUCCUUUUUGAAGAAAAGAGCUAAAAAUGAUGCCAGGAACUUUGAGGGCUCCAAAGCAGAAAAACUCCAAGAAGAGACAGCAAAAGAACCGAGUUUCUUUGAGUUCUUCAACCCAAAUAUCCCAUCUCCUCAAUUCUCAUUUGCAGACUAUAGUAAACAUAGCCGUAAAGAGUUAAUGAAAGAGUGCGAGUUCCUUUCCAAGUUUAUAUUGCCAAACAGGGCAUUGAAUGCCUUAAAGCGUGGAAUCGGUAUCCAUCACUCUGGACUCAAUCGUAAGAAUUCACUCUUUUGA